AUGGCGAGUACCAAAGUCAUCAUCGUAGGCGCAGGAAUCGCCGGGCCCGUCCUUGGCAUGCUCCUCAAUAUGCGGGGUUAUAACCCCAUUGUCUAUGAACGGUUACCAGCGUUUAGUACCGCGGGUCUCAGUCUAGUACCGACCCUUUCGACCUGCUUCUUCUGCUACACGUCUAAGCAUGCUUGGAUUCUCAUAUAUGAUUGGAACCUCUCAAGUCUUCAACUCAACGGUCUCCGUCUCCUCUCCCAAAUCCCCGACUUCGUCCCUAACAUCCCUGGUCGGCCUCUUUACCAGUUAUCGUCGUAUUCCACCCUCUCCUCGGACCCUGGACUCUUGCAUUCUUCCAACUUGCCGUCCCGGCUCGCCGAAAUGUUUGGGGUGCGCAUGACAGCUGUGGCGCGGCAUGCUUUUCAUCGGUAUAUCAUUGAUCGUGCGGAGGAAAUGGGCGUGCCUAUAGUGUGGGGGCACCAGGUGGAUGGAGUGGAGGAACUUGACGGGAAGGCUGAAGGGAGCAAUGAGGGAGAGGAAGGAGAAGGGGGGACAGGUAUGGUCAGGGUUUUAUUCAAGGACGGAGGCAGCGAUGUGGGGAGUUGGGUGAUUGGAUGUGACGGAUUGCAUAGCGGAGUGAGGCGAGCCGUUUUUGGAGAGGUGGCUGCAGACUAUACCGGAGUCUCUCAGACUGGUGGAAUCUCGCCCACGCCCGCGAUUCUUGCCGCGACACCAACUAUGGCGAACUUUUAUGGAUUGGGCGCGCAUAUGAUCGCGUAUCCCGUGUCGGACACUCAUACGUCUUGGGCGGUCACUCUUCCCGAGCAAAAGCUCAAGGAGACAUGGCAAGCUGCUGACAAACACGUCUUGGAGGAAUUUCAGAGCUCAGAGUACGCUAACUGGAAUGACGGAGCUGGUGAAUUGAUCAAAACCACGGAGAAGCUCAUCAAGUAUGGUCUCUACGAUCGACCAGAGCUCAAGACGUGGCACAAGGGGAGAGUCGUGCUGCUUGGUGACGCUGCCCAUCCUACAAGCCCCCACCUCGGCCAAGGAGCCAACCAGGCCUUCUCCGACAUCUCUCUACUACUCUCCCUUCUUGAUACGCACAAUCCAACGCGCACCCCACCCAGUACCUCAACCCUCUCAGUUAUAUUCACCGCCUUCGAAACUGAGCGCAUCAAGGUUUCUGCGCCUAUCGUGAAAGAUGCGAGGGCGAGGGGCGAGUAUAGAGUUAUGAAGGGUGAGAAGGAAUGUCGGGAGAGGAAUGAGGAGAUGAGGAAGGAGGGCGAUAAGGAUAUUGUGAGACUUUAUGCACGAUUGGUCGAGGAGUUGGGAGCGGGCGAGCAGGUAAUGAGGCAGAUUGAGGAAUCUGCUUGA